CUUUCUUUCUUUCAUUCUACUCUUUCUCCUUAGGACCGACCGUACUUAGACCUUAGUCCCAUCUUUCUCUAUCCCCUUUCUCUCUCUCUCGUCUAGGGUUUCUGGAAUCGUCGCUUACCUCUCUGCCUCAGCAAAAGCAAUCCCCACUCAAUCUCCUGCUGCGCCAACUAAAGUUUUGCUCCGUUCCCCCCCGCUCUCAACUUCAGGUUCAGGUUUUCUGCAUCAGAUAAUAAAGGUUAUUCAAGGAGACUGCUCUUGCAAUGAGGACUUCAUGGGCUGAUGCUGCUGAGAAUGUUGACGCUGGAUCCUCCAAUUCUGUGGGGGCUGGUGAUGGCAGUGAGCGCCCAUCACUGCGCACGAAGCCUGCUUAUGUACCGCCUCAUCUUAGAGGCAAGCCCCCGGCAGCCGAGCCACUUGCCCCAUCUCUUAGUGGACCUCAGUCUGGCAACGAUAGGUCAGGUUAUGGUGGACAAAGUAGUGGUCCACGGUGGGCUGGCACUAGAUCUGAUUAUGGACGCCAUGGAUAUGGUGGUGGUGUUCGUGGCGGCAGUGGAUGGGGAGGUAGUGGUGGCAGGGAAAGGGAGGUCAAUCCUUUUGGUAAUGAUAAUGUCGAUGCUGAUGCGGAUCGUGUAUUUGAGGAGCAGGUGAAUACGGGUAUUAACUUUGAUGCUUAUGAGGAUAUUCCUGUGGAGACAAGCGGGGAUAAUGUGCCGCCACCUGUGAAUACAUUUGCAGAGAUAGAUUUAGGAGAUGCUCUUAAUUUGAACAUUCGCAGAUGUAAGUAUGUGAAGCCAACUCCUGUCCAGCGACACGCUAUACCGAUUUCGUUAGCUGGUCGGGAUUUGAUGGCUUGUGCUCAGACUGGGUCUGGGAAGACUGCUGCCUUUUGCUUCCCAAUAAUUAGUGGAAUUAUGAAGGGCCAGUUUCCCCAGAGACCUCGUGGUGUUCGCACUUUUUUUCCUCUAGCUCUUAUUCUUUCACCAACUAGAGAACUCUCAGUUCAGAUUUAUGAGGAAGCUAAAAAGUUUUCCUAUCAAACUGGUGUCAGAGUGGUUGUUGCUUAUGGUGGUGCACCAAUUAAUCAGCAGCUGCGUGAACUUGAGAGGGGAGUUGACAUCUUGGUUGCAACACCUGGUAGAUUGGUUGAUUUGCUUGAGAGAGCUAAAGUUUCAUUACAAAUGAUAAGAUAUCUGGCUCUUGAUGAGGCAGACAGAAUGCUUGACAUGGGUUUCGAGCCUCAGAUCAGGAAAAUAGUGGAACAGAUGGAUAUGCCUCCUCGUGGUGAAAGACAAACGAUGCUGUUUAGUGCUACCUUCCCCAAAGAGAUUCAGAGAUUGGCAUCUGAUUUUCUUGCAAGGUACAUCUUUUUGGCUGUUGGAAGGGUUGGUUCCAGUACAGAUUUAAUUGUUCAAAGAGUGGAGUUUGUACAUGAGGCUGACAAGAGAAGUUAUUUGAUGGAUCUACUUCAUGCACAGAGGGCUAAUGGAGCUCAGGGAAAGCAAUCUCUCACUCUAGUAUUUGUGGAGACUAAGAGAAAAGCUGAUUCAUUGGAGCACUGGCUAUGCAGCAAUGGUUUUCCUGCCACUACUAUUCAUGGAGAUAGAUCACAACAAGAAAGAGAGCUGGCUUUAAGAUCAUUCAAGAGUGGACACACUCCAAUAUUAGUUGCAACAGAUGUGGCAGCUCGCGGUCUCGACAUUCCCCAUGUUGCUCACGUGAUCAACUUUGAUCUCCCCCAUGACAUUGACGACUAUGUACAUCGGAUAGGGCGAACAGGCCGUGCCGGAAAGACAGGGCUGGCGACAGCGUUCUUCAACGAAAGCAACAUGUCUAUGGCAAAGUCGCUUGCGGAUUUGAUGAAGGAAGCGAAUCAGGAAGUGCCCGAUUGGCUGACUCGGUUUGCAAGCAGAGCUUCAUAUGGAACUAAAAGUAGGCGUGGAGGGGGCCGGUUUGGCGGCCGCGACUUCAGAAGGGAUUCGUCUUAUAGGAGCGGCGGCGGAAAUGACUAUUAUGGUGGCGGAAGUGGAGGAGGAUACGGCGGUGGUGGAGGAUACGGCGGUGGUUAUGGUGGUGCCGGAGGACAUGGAUCUUCGUCUGCUUGGGAUUGAGCUUCUUCCCCAUUCCAUGUUGUACCCUUUUAAUGUUAUUUGGCUAUGGUGGGUGGGUACCCCCAUUAUGAUAUUAUUACUAUUAUACCCUUUUUGUUUCUUGUUCUUUGACUCUGUCCCUACUCUCCAACAAUGGAGGGAGAAGAUGCAUAAGAUCCUCGAUUUAAGGCGAUUGAUUCUCCAUGAGAUAUAUAGACCACAAGACACUGAUGAUGAUGAUAAGCACUUUUGACUUGUUGCUAUUUAGGAAGAGGUCUGUAUUUGUAUGUCUGUGUCUUGUCUCUCUUUGCCUGUUGUACCUUUACGACACAGACAGAGUGUUGAGGGUGUAGCAAGAUCCUUCCUAAGAAUUAAUUAUUUUUUGUUGCUUUAAAUUGGAAUUGGAAUUGAAAUUGAUAUA